AUGGGUUCGUGCUCAAACCCCUCAAAACGCUUCCUCUUUGUAGCCCUUUUCGUCGUUUUGGCUCUCUCUCCGAUCUUUGCUCAGGAGGCUUUUGUUGAUGCGGAGAAUGACGAUUUAAGUCGAUCAGUUAAAGAUUUGGGCCGCCGUGGCAUGAUUUUCAGAAACAACCUUGACACUGAUAUUGCUGCAAUUGGUUAUCAUGUCGAAUCUGGUCUUGGAGUAUUUGAUGCAUUUGUUGCAAGUUUUUCGAUGAUUCUUGUCAGCGAGAUUGGAGAUGAAACUUUUAUAAUAGCAGCUCUGCUGGCAAUGCGGCAUCCCAAGUCAAUUGUUUUAUCGGGUGCUCUUAGUGCCCUGAUUGUUAUGACUGUGCUUUCUACUGGACUCGGUAGGAUUGUGCCAAAUUUGAUAUCAAGGAAGCAUACCAAUAGAGCAGCUACAGUUCUUUAUGCAUUUUUUGGGAUGCGGUUACUUUACAUAGCUUGGAGAUCAGAUCCAAAAUCGAGUCAGAAAAAGGAAAUGGACGAAACUAUUAGGGAAAUUGAGAACAGGGAAAACAAUAUGUGUGAUAAUAAAAGGAAUGGUUUGUAG